GUAGUUGCGUUAAUCUUUUUAUCUUUUGAAAAAUCUAAUUUCGCGAUUUCUCAUUUCAGUUUAUUUCUUCUUCAUCUACUCUUUUCUUUCCUUCUACAUUCUUUUAUCCGCGUCUUCUUCCCCUUUUCAUCUCUCCAUUCAAAUUCAAAAUUCCCAGAUCUCAAUUUCCGAAAAACCCUAACCCUAAAAUCAAAAUUCACAUCGGUAAUUUCUAAAAGAUAUGGAGAACUUGAUUUCUCUCGUCAACAAGAUUCAAAGAGCAUGUACUGCUCUCGGCGAUCAUGGUGAUGAAAGUGCUCUUCCUACUCUUUGGGAUUCUCUUCCUUCAAUCGCCGUCGUUGGUGGUCAGAGUUCAGGGAAGUCAUCAGUUCUGGAGAGCAUUGUUGGCAAGGACUUCUUGCCUCGUGGAUCUGGUAUUGUGACUAGGCGUCCUCUUGUUCUACAGUUACACAGGGUUGACGAAAAAAGAGAAUGGGCCGAAUUUAUGCACCUUCCCAGGAAACGAUUCACAGAUUUUGCUGCUGUGCGGAAGGAGAUAGCGGAUGAGACAGAUAGAGAGACAGGACGUAGUAAAGCAAUCUCUGGUGUUCCGAUACAUCUAAGUAUAUAUUCCCCCGAAGUUGUUAAUCUUACGCUGAUUGAUCUUCCCGGGCUUACCAAAGUGGCUAUUGAGGGUCAACCUGAAAGCAUUUCUCAAGACAUUGAAACUAUGGUUCGCUCCUAUAUUGAGAAGCCUAACUGUAUCAUUUUGGCAAUUUCUCCUGCUAAUCAAGAUCUCGCUACAUCUGAUGCAAUUAAAAUUUCUCGUGAAGUGGACCCCAAAGGUGAGAGGACAUUUGGAGUUUUGACAAAGGUUGAUCUUAUGGACAAAGGAACUGAUGCUGUCGAAAUUUUGGAAGGCAGAUCAUACAAGCUGCAGUUUCCGUGGGUUGGUGUUGUGAAUCGUUCACAGGCUGAUAUUAAUAAAAAUACUGAUAUGAUUGUUGCCCGCCGCAAAGAGCGAGAAUUCUGGUCCAGUAGCCCAGAGUAUAAGCAUAUGGCUAAUAGAAUGGGUUCAGAGUUCUUAGCCAAGAUGAUGUCCAAGCAUUUAGAAAGUGUCAUCAAAUCUCGGAUUCCUGGACUUCAGUCUCUUAUUAGCAAAACUAUUGUUGACCUGGAAACAGAGUUGAGCCGUCUGGGAAAGCCUGUUGCUACUGAUGCUGGAGGCAAGUUAUACAUGAUCAUGGAAAUAUGCCGGGGAUUUGAUCAGAUAUUUAAAGAACAUCUCGAUGGAGUACGUCCGGGUGGUGACAAAAUUUAUGGUGUGUUUGAUAAUCAACUUCCCGCUGCUUUGAAAAGGUUGCAAUUUGACAAACAACUUUCCAUGGAGAAUGUGAGGAAAUUAAUUACGGAAGCUGAUGGGUAUCAACCUCAUCUUAUUGCUCCUGAACAAGGGUAUCGUCGGCUUAUCGAAUCUUGUUUGGGUUCAAUUAGAGGUCCUGCUGAAGCUGCAGUUGAUGCGGUUCAUGCACUAUUGAAGGAGCUUGUUCACAAAGCGAUCAAUGAAACAUCGGAACUAAGACAGUACCCCUCCCUUCGAGUUGAAGUUUCAAAUGCCGCUGUUGAGUCAUUGGAGAGGGCGAGAGAUGAAAGCAAGAGAGCUACUUUGCAGCUUGUUGAUAUGGAGUGUGGUUACCUCACGGUUGAUUUUUUUCGAAAGCUUCCUCAAGAUGUUGAGAAGGGUGGAAACCCAACACAUUCAAUAUUUGAUCGUUAUAACGAUACGUAUCUCCGUCGCAUUGGAACUACGGUCUUGUCAUACGUGAACUUGGUUUGUGGGUCUCUGAGGAAUUCCAUUCCAAAGUCCAUUGUUUAUUGUCAAGUACGUGAGGCAAAGCGCAGCUUGCUUGAUCACUUCUUUACAGAGUUAGGUGGAAAAGAGGCAAAAGUAUUGGGUAAGAUGUUGGAUGAAGAUCCAGCAAUCAUGCAGAGGCGUACCAAUCUAGCGAAGAGGUUGGAGUUGUAUAGGACUGCACAGUCUGAGAUUGACGCACUUACCUGGGCCAAGUGAAGGGAAACGUGAGCGUUGUGCAUUCAGAAUUGCUAGCUUGUAGCAAAAAUGUGAUUCUUUAAUUCAUCAUAUAGAAUAUACGGCUUGGUUUUCUCAAUCCAUAUUUGAGGCCAUUGUAGCACAUAUUCGCUCAAUUUCAUUUCUAGCAGCAUGUGUAUAUGCUCUUGUGGUUGUACGUCUAAUCAUUCAUCGUUGAUGUUUUCUUAAACAUCUACUAUGUUCCAGCUUCUAUGCAAUGAGGUGCCUUUUUUGCCGA